AUGAAAGUAACAAAGUUCACCAACUGCGUGUGUCUACAACGUGAUGGCAGUCUAGCCCACGCGGAUGUCUACGUCGAUACGCACACGGGCAAAAUCAUCUCAGGACAGGAUUUUUUCUACGCUGCCCAAGAGCUUCCUUCACAAAUAAUCGAUUGCGCUGGUGAUAUACUCUCGCCAGGGUUGAUAGAUGUCCAGAUAAAUGGUGCUUAUGGGUUCGAUUUCAGCCUGUGGCCGCCACUGGGUACUGAGAAUUUGAGCAAGCACGAGCAAACGGACGCGUAUCUCGCCGGGCUGGACAGGGUGGCUGGAAAGAUAGUUGAGACCGGAACGACGUCAUUUCUGCCAACGAUAAUAACCCAGCAGCAAGAUCUGUACCGGGAGAUUAUCCCGCUACUUGGACCACGCUCGCAGGCAAACUCAGCGCACAUCCUCGGCUACCAUGCCGAAGGGCCAUUUAUAGCAGGAUCGCGAAAAGGAGCGCAUGCGCCGCCGUUCCUCCUCACAGCGCCGCGGGGUUUGAGUUCGAUCGAGGGAGUUUAUGACAGUGCAGCGACGCAGCUGCGUACACCCGACAGCGGCGUGAAGCUGCUCACCCUAGCUCCAGAUGUGGAUGGGAUAGCUGGGGCAAUUGCGCCUCUCGCGCAGCUGCCCGGCGUUGUCGUCUCGAUCGGACAUUCAGAUGCAGAUGUGGACCUGGCGAGUAAGUGUGUGGACGACGGAGCGCGGUUUAUCACGCACCUUUUCAACGCUAUGCCGCAGCUGCACCACCGUGACCCCGGCGUUAUCGGUUUGCUCGGCAAUCAGCCGAAAAGGCCGUUUUAUGGGCUGAUCGUCGAUGGCGUGCAUGUUCAUCCGAAUGCUGUAAGAUUGGCUUAUGACGCUCAUCCAAGUGGGUGUAUCCUCGUAACUGACGCUAUGCCCCUUAUGGACCCCCAUCUCGGCGACGGUAUCCACGACUGGCGCGAUGGCAGGAGACUAUUCAAGCAGGGCGCUAGACUGUAUUUGGAGAACACUACCACGCUCGCUGGAAGCGCUAGCACGCUAGAUGAAUGUGUUAGGAAUCUCAAGUCAUUCACAAACUCGAGGUGUUUCGUUGACACACAAAGGCAAUUUAGAUGUAGGCUCAGACGGGGAUUUGGUGAUAGUCGAUAG